ACCGUCUGUUCCUGCAUCUGGCCUAAGGCGGUUCCCGAAGGUCGCCGGAGACUCGUUGUUGAAGCCCACCCGGGCGCAGGAUGACUGACCAGGAUCAAGCCAGGGCAAGGGCCUGGACAAACCUAAACUUGCCCUGGACGAAGCAACCGUUCCAAGCUGCCAACGAGGGACGAAGGAAUCCAGCCAGUCAAGUGGGCGGAGCGACAACGCUUAGCGCACCUGCCACUGCUAUUCCUAUCCCAAUGCCAAUGCCACAUGAUGGAAGCCCCAAAAAAAUCGAGGGCAGGCAAGGCAGCCAGCCUACUGAACGGAGUGCAGCUUCCCUGCUGCGCUGUUGCAUUAAAAGGAACUGGUCUCCCGCUCUGAGAGGUGAAAUCUUUCUCCCUCAGAUCAUCAGUUCAGCUCUCCUCCAGAAGAAUCACUCUCAUUUUUACCAACCAAACACAGGCCACUCGUUGUCCUAAAAGCUAUAUAAUACUAUCACUCAAGUCACACCAACACCCACAUUAAUCCAACAACAACCUACACCAGUCUUUCUUUUCCCAACACAUCAAUCCAACCACCAUGCGUUUCUCCAGCAUCAUCGCUCCAGUCAGCUUGGCCGCUGUGGCCUCUGCCGCCCCUGCCCUCAGUGCCCGUGGCGAUGGAGGCUCAUGCAUUCCCUACAACAUCGCCAUCGACAUUGAAACCCAAUGGAUCUCCACCCUGACCAACUUUGAUGUCAACGUGGCAACGAACCUGCUCGCCCCUGAGCUUGUCGACACCUCCGACUCGAUCAACUACAUCGCCGGCAUCCCUCUGGGCGGCCCUACCUUCCCCAGCGCCCAGGCAUACAUUGCCGGCCAAGGUGCUCAGCCACCCAUCGGCUUCACUAUCCUUGGCACCGAUGUUGUGACUUGCGAUGGUUAUAUUGUUCUCCGAUGGGUGGGCGCCGUUGGACAACAGAUCUAUCCCUCUCAAGGUAUCACGAUCUUGAAGGCUGUGCAAAAGGGUUCCGAUGCUACCGUCGGUCCCACCGGCUGGCAACUCGCCGAGAUUCACACCGAGUUCAACUCCGCUGCCUGGGUUGCCGACAUUGGCGGCACUUGCCCUCCUCCCUCUGGCACUGCUCGCCUGUUGAGAAACUAAGUGGUUCUUGGUGGAAGGGGGAGAGGUGCCGAGACGGGAGAUAGAAGUGAACGACAGGAAUGAGGAAUGCAUCCAAUGCCCGAAAAGCAUCAUGUCGCAUUAGCAGCCCUUGGUUAUUGUUUGAACUGGAGAAAAUAGGUAAUGGAAAUCAACAGCCCGCUACCCAGGGCCUUUUGUCUUUUAUCCGUACAUACACUGUUGCCAGCAUUUAGCGUGUCGUUUUUUCACAAUAGAACAUGGGUAUGGAGAUCCCCACAAGGAAUACUAAUGAAUUGAUCACCUAUGAACUGAUCAGUGUUGCCACAAGCGAUUCGUACUCUUGACCGCAUGAAUCUAAUGGGGUGUUCAUGGCCAUGUAUACAGGCAUGAGGGUGUGUGUGUCGCUCUAAGUAACCGCUACAAAAUGCAUCCUUCCAGGACGAGAAAAUAAA